AUGAGACUGCGGCAGAAGCACGUCUCCAAGGAGGAGAAUGGCCAUACUCUACCAUUUGAUCUCUUUGAUGAAAUAUUCUCGAGACUAUCGGCGAAAACUAUAGCGAGGUGUCGUUGCGUGUCGAAGCUCUGGUCUUCCAUUCUCCACCGUCCACAUUUCACUGACCGGUUCCUGAAAAUAUCUUCGGCUCGUCCGCAACUCUUGUUCACCUUCAAACUCAACGGUAAGUGUCUCUUCUUCUCUUCACCUCAGCCUCUAAAUCCAGACGAGAACUUGUCUCUUAUAGCCACCAAUCACCACAUGUGUUUCCGCACUAGAACUGGUUCAUGUGGGAUCAAUGCUCCUAUUCGUGGCUUGCUAUGUACUGAAAAUGUAUGGCUCAAAGAUGGAUACAAUGGUUUAAAGGCGAUGGUUUAUAACCCUAGCACAGGACAGUCCAUAACAUUACCCAAAGUGAGAACAAGGAGGGAUGAAGCGAUAACCUAUUUAGGGUAUGAUCCCAUCAACAAACAAGUCAAAGUAUUGUGGAUGUCACUUUGUAGUCGGCUUCGGAAUGCGAAAGAGCAUCAAGUUCUGACAGUAGGAGUUAGAAAUCUGUCGUGGAGAAAGAUUGAAUGUUCCCUACCCCAUUACCCGUUAAGUGCUGGAAUUUGUAUCAAUGGAGUCUUGUAUUAUAUAGCCGAUCGUAACAAGACGACUCCGAAACCUAGGUUUCCAAAACCUUAUACCGUCGUUUGCUUUGAUGCUCUGUCCGAGAAGUUCACAUUUAUUAACCAAGCUCUAGACAAUAAAGUUGAACGGUGCUCAACUCUCAUAAAUUACACUGGUAAAUUAGGUGUACUUCGUCAUGAUAAUUAUUUCGACAGGAAUACUACAAAUCUUGAAUUGUGGGUUCUAGAUGAUAUUGAGAAACAUAAAUGGUUGAUAAAAAUCCACGUGUUUCCGCCUCUGUGGAGAAAUCUAGUACCAUAUACAAGGUUGAACAUUGUGGGGAUGACGGAUAAUGGUGAAUUUGUGUUUUCUGCGGCUGUUCUACGUGAUGCUUUCUACAUUAUCUACUACAAUGUGGAGAAGAAUACUAUCGUAAGAGUUGAAAUCCAAGGAAUUGGACCUGUUAGUCGUCAAGAAAUUUACACUUUUAUAGACCAUGUAGAAGAUAUUAAACGUAUGUGA